CGAUUCCCACUGCAGGAUGCUCCGAGUGCCACGGGGGAUGAAGAUGAGAUAUACGACGAUGUUGAGUCUGUUGAGCUGGCCAGGAGAAGCCCAGGCCUUGUGCUGCCUUCUGUGUCCCAGCUGUCUGUGUGUCCCUGCCCCAGAGGAGGUGGAAAUGCUGGCCGAGCCUCUAACAGGGUUACCUUGCUGGCAGCUACACACAGUGGCUGCAGAGAAUCCCAGGUCUCCCAGAAGAUGAAGACCAUGACACUCAAGGCAUGCAAGAAGGAAGAGAAGAUGGACAGGGGGUUUCAGAAGAAAUUCAAGUUCGAAGGCAGCAUCAAAGUCCUGACUCAGAUGAUGGUCGACCCUGCAGCGACAGAGAAGAGGGGCGGAGCGAAGAACCUGCCACUGAGACCGGGAGAAAUCCUUGAUGUCAUUCAGUUCACAAAUCGGGAGCAAAUCCUCUGCCGGAACAGCCAGAGGAGGUAUGGCUACGUGCCCCGGGCUGUGAUGCUGCCUCUGGACACUGACAUCUAUGAUGACGUUGAGAUUUAUGGCUGAGCCAACCACGCUGAGGCCAAAGGCACAGGACAGCACCACAGAGAACCCAAGGGCUGAAACAUGAAGAGCACCAGACACCAG